AUGCCGUCAUCUCUGCAGGUGCUUGGGGGUCCUGAGCUGGCAAAGCCCCUGGUCUUGCAAGAUGUCCCAUCCCCUCCUCUGCAGCCCCAGCGGGUCCCAGUGGGUAUCUAUUACUGCAGGUUAAAUUUUGUUGGUAUCUUGGCCUGCCAGGGAUUGUGUCAGGAAAAUCAUGCUCUUCCCUUCACUCCUGGUGAGACAGGAUACAGAGUAAUUGGUGUGACUGGCACUAAAGCUAUGGCGGUGGAGUGGGUUGUUGAUCAGAAGAUGCUGUGGCAGAUGCCUGAGGUGUCAUACGAGGAUGCAGUGGCAUUGCCAACCAUCUCACUGGUGAUAGCGGCAGCUAGAAGCAUCCCCAAAUAUGAGCUGGCUCUGAUAAGCAGCAUGAGCCACAGCAUGAAGUACAGUGGAGCAGACAGAGAGGAGGUGAAGAUGCUCAAAAGCAACAGAGCAGUCAACAUGGCCAUCGAGGCCAUCAUUGGAGACAUCUUCAAGGCAGCUCUGCAAAGUUUGGCGUGGGAAGGCAGAAUUGUGGGGAUGGGUUUUACCAGAGGAAAAAUCCCCUUGAUUCCCACCUACCUGCUGUUUCUGAAGAGUGUCUGCCACAGAAGUGUGCUGGAGUCAGUACCAGGAAGACAAUUUCCACAUUUUUUUCCUCUACUAUCUCCCUCCAUUCCCCAGUAUUGCCAGUAGGGAAAUAUCCAUCCCCAUGUUGGACCAGUCUUCAAACUGGAAGAGGUAAACAAAGCCUUCAACCACAUGCUCCAGUGCAAGUCAGGGAAGGUCAUCAUCUCCGUGAAGUAA